AUGCAAAAGACAACCAAUCACAUGGCAAUCAUCAAGAACGGAAACAAGCCCAAUUCCAUUCCACACGAAAGAGACACCAUGACGCAAGAACACUCUGCCACAACCAUGGCUGACGAAGCCAAGCAGACGGAACACCCAUCGCAGCCUGUUCCCAACAGUCCUGUCAAGCCCGACUCUAUUCAAAUUCGCAGCAAACCCGAUGAAUCCAGCGACAAGACAUCCUCAUCGGAAGCCUCUACCGACCGCCGCCUUCCUUUCGGAUGGGACCCCGCGUGUAUUUCUCCUCACCCCAAGCGAGGACCGAGGCGUACUUAUCAUUCGGGGGCACUCGCGUAUUACAAUCCCAACCCCGCGUGGUGCAAAGACGGCCGUAUACCUUCAAGAUUCGGCCGUGUAUCCCCUCCACCCGAAGCUCUACAUCAACAUGAACUCGACCCUCAUAACCAUUGGACUAUGACGCAACUCGACCCUAACAAGUACCUUGAGAUGGGGAUGACACAUGUACAUUUCCAGCCAGCGGAGACUAGCAUGCCUGAGCCUAGACCGACUAACAUCGCGCCUGCGAAUCGUCCUUGCGUACAUGUAUACGACGUAUCUGAUCUGCACAUGGGUUAUGGUUUUUUCGAACACAGCGUACGUGCCUUCAAGGCGGGGGACGAAGUGCCAUGGGUGCAUGGGUUUCCUAUGCCUAGAAUCAUGUUCACGCCCCCGAGUGGUAAAGAUGGAGGACCUUCGAAGAAAGCGGAGGGAAAAACGGAGGAUUCUUCGCUGAAGGGGAAGUCUGUUCGAUUCGCCGGAGAAACAGAAAAAAACCUCAAGGCAUCAGCAAAGGAGGGAGAGAAUAUUGCGGAAAAGGAAAAGAAGAAACCCGCCAUUGUUGCUUCUGCUAAGGAGGGGGGAAAGAAUUCCUUGACCUCUAUCCUCAACCCAGUCGACGACUUCUCGAGGGAAAAGAGGGGGGAAGAUGAGGAGAAUAAGGAAAGGGAGGAUGUGAAGGAAGGAAGGUAA